AUGGAAAAGCAAGUUCAACUGGGUAAAAUAGUGACUAAUAUUGAAUCAGUGGGUAAAAAAAUGGAGAAAGAAAAGCAGGAGUACCAUGGAAAGCCCAGGAUGUUGGGCUCACACACCUUCCCCAUCGUCAAACUUGGCUUGUCCUCCGCACUCAGGACCCACUCUUCCAUGGGGUUUCUGAAAGAAAGUGAAAAAUCAUUGUGUGAUUGGAGAGGAAUUGUGUCGGCAAAGUCUUCCCGCCUGGCUCUUGAUUCCAUUUUUCCCAGUGACUCGGACUAUAGUCCUAAAUCCUUUUUGAAAAAAGAACCCAUCAUUUUAAAGCCAGAACCACCGCCACCACCCAGGGCACCUUCUAGUCUAAGUAAAACCAGUAAAUUUGACAGCAAAGUUAAAAGAAUUGGGCCACACAUAGAAAUUUUCCAAGUAUUCCGGGAAAGGGCCAGAUCUAUAAUCACCAAAAAAACAAUUAGAAUGAUCACCGUCGUGCAGGCUUUUGUCAGAGGGUGGCUAGAACGCAGAAGAUACCACAGAAUAUUGAACAAGUCUUUGUAUCAUGGGCCAAGUUUGAAAGCAGUUAUAAACAUGUAUCGCAGACAAAUCCAUCGUGUUAAACAUCGACUUUGUCUUUGGAGGACAAGACUAAUUAUAAACUAUGCAGAGCUAGAAGAAUGGAUGGAUAGAAAAAAAUACUAUGAAACAAUGUUUGCUAAGAGACAAGAUUGGCAAGGAUUAGAAAGAAGUGAGCUUCUUAAGUACUUCAAUGACUGCGGUCAUUACCCAACAGUGCAGCAAAUUGAUCAGGCUUGGGACCUGGUCCAUAGAGAUGACCGUGAAAAAUAUUCUGAAAUCGUCACGAUGUCCAAUGCUGUUGAAAUGUUAUUUACACUUUAUCCUCCCAAAGGUGCCCAUGUGAAAGAUAAUAGGCGACUUAGGUCAACUUGGCUAAGACCUACAGUAGAUGGGGAAGAAGGCUACAAAUAUAUAGUGAGUGGACAUCCAAUACUCAAAAGAGCUGACAUCCGGAUUGUUGGGAAGUUAGUGUGCGCAUCUAUGAGAGAAAGAAAAAUGAGACAACAGUAUUUAUCUUAG